UAGAGCUUUCUGCUAGAGCAGAGUUCUCUACUGUUCAACAUCCAAUCUGACUUUAAAACAACUGUCUGUUUCCUGUACUCUGUCCUUGUAAAACAAUGGGCAAAAGAAUGACUCAAAAUCUAAGGACAAUCAAAGUGAAAAUACUGAAGUUCUGUUUGUCAUUUCUGUUUUUGGCUACAUUGGCCUUCAUGACAUUCCACUUUUAUUUCGGAAAUAGAAUUUGGAUUCCGAGCACAGUGCAUCCCAGAAUUGUGGGACCCUUGUACCCUUAUCUCAUAGAGGAGCCAUUAAAAUGUAGAGGAGAAGCCCCAUUCUUAGUGCUGCUCAUCCCUUCCAUGCCCCAAGAUGUUCUUGUCAGGGACGCCCUGAGGAAGACUUGGGCCAAUGAAAGUUUAAUCCCUGGAAUCUCCAUCAAAAGGAUUUUCCUUCUGGGCAGGUCCUUUGUUAAUGACAUAGAAAUAUCUGUGCAACAAGAGAGUUCUACAUUCCAUGAUAUCGUCCAACAGGAUUUCCUGGACACCUAUCGGAAUCUGACCGUCAAAACACUGAUGGGUAUAGAGUGGGUUAGCCGUCUCUGCCCCCGAGCCAGCUAUGUCAUGAAGGUUGACGCUGACAUGUUCUUCAACCCUUGGUUCCUGGUGAAGGCAGAUCUUACAGCCGGAGAAGCCCCUCAAGCUGGAAUUUUUCACAGGGUUGAUAAUAACAAUCAGCGUGCCCUACAGGAACAGGGGAAGCAAGUGGUAUAUACCAUAUGAAAUGUACUCUAAAAGUUAUUAUCCUACCUACUGUUCCGGCACAGGCUAUGUCUUCUCCGGGGACUUGUCACCAAGGAUAUACAAAGAAGCAAUGGGGUUGGCCCUUUUUCCAUUUGAGGAUGUCUUUGUAGGUAUCUGCUUAGAAAGGAUGGGGGUUCAGAUCUCCAAGCCUGGGGGCAAUUGGUUUGUAGGAGAAAGGGCACAGUACAAUAGGUGCCAAUUUACCAAGCUUGUUACUGAUCAUCAUUACAGCCCAGACGAGUUGCUGAAGUUGUGGCCUGAUUUCCUCAAGGCUCUGGAUGACUGCACUUGAAAGAUGAAGAGCAAUGGGCUCAUAAUACUUCUUACUCCCCUCUUGUUCAUGCCGUUAGUCAUACUGUCUGGGGUUGAGACUUUUGUUUGAGCUGUGGGUUCUCUGUGUUCCUCAAAGUGCUAUCACAUGGGGUAUCUUGAAUGCACUGCUUAACUCAGAUUGGAAAUGUUUCUGAUUGAGAUGCUGCUGCCACUGCCCAUAAUCGGCUAGGAAGAGAAAGCCCCGCCUCCCUUACUCUUUAAAGAAAAGAGAAAAGAGAAAGAAUCUGAUCUGUGCUGACCUUAAAGAACAUUUGAGUGUAAAAAUAAAACUCUGUAAAUAGGCUGUGCAAAAUAAAAAUGUUUCUAAUAUA